CCGGCUGGUGCCCCCAGUCACUGCACGCCGGCCUGGGAGCUGAGUGCUACCUCGCUUUCGAAGCCUCUGCAUCCUGCCUGCUCUGCCUACUCCCUUGCUUGCUUGUUUCCCCUUGUCCAGGGGAAUGGUCAAAGGCGUCCUGGAGCCUCCGUGUCAUUCUCCAACAGCCAUGAACUGCAGCGAGAGCCAAAGGCUGCAAACCCUCUUGAACCGCCUGCUGUUGGAGCUGCACCAUCGGGGCAACGCCAGCGGCCUGGGUAUUGGCCCCGGCCCGAGCAUGGGCAUGGGGGUCGUAACUGAUCCUUUUGUGGGCCGCGAGGCGACCAGCUCCAAGGGCAACGAUGCUUAUCUCUACAUCCUACUCAUCAUGAUCUUCUAUGCCUGCCUAGCUGGAGGCCUCAUUCUGGCCUACACCCACUCCCGCAAGCUGGUUGAGGCCAAAGAGGAGCCACCCUUGGCCUGUGUCUCCGAGCAGGAAUGGGUCCCAGACACCUGCGCAUCCGCAGACCCGGAGAACUGCCAGGGCUUGCUGGCUGAGGGCGGCCACCAUCUUGCACCCGGAGAGCUGCCUGGGCUGGCUCAGGGCGCUGAAAGGGUCUAGACCACUGCCCACCUCAUUUUGCUUAUCUCUGGGCCUGGCUCCCACGCUUUUACUGCCCUUCCAGAGCCUGCUUUACCGGAGGCCCAGAUGAUGAAGAGAGGUCAGAACCCUUCAAGGCAAGGCCCUGGAAAGAGAAGCACCACCUUACUCACACCAGGCUACUUUUUCUCUCCCUUCCCCUCCAUGCCUGCACCCCUAGCCAGCACAUCCAGCUGAAUUAAAUUGCCUCUGCUCUCUUGUCUUCAGCCAGCCCCAAUACCAUGCUCCAGCAUUCUGGGAACAGAAUCCAGCACGUCCAACACUUGGCACUAAAUCGAAGCAACCAAGUGUAGCAGAACUCCAGGCCGUCUAACUGGCAGCUGCUCCAGGGGCUGCCAAAGACUGCUCACUCUACACAGCUAACGGGGUUAGCCAUCACUGCCUGGCCAGCUGCAGCCGCUCCAGCUUUUUGUUGCUUUGGGGACAGAGACAAAGAACACGAAGAGACCUCAGACAUCUUUUUCUUCUCUCUCUUCAGCAGACUAUUAGGGAGAUGCUAUUGUGGGGUAGAAUGGACUGAAGUCGAGGGAAGGUUCAAUGGGAAAGGAAGAUCUAUGGUCUCAUGGGUAUGGUGUUCUUGUCUCCCUGCCCUCCCUAACUGUCAUCCCAAAGGCCUGAGUAUUAGUAAUUUGGACAUCUGGUUGGAUAAUCAUUACUAGUUGCUUAGCCUUAAUGAUUCCAAAUGCAUCUCUUAUAUUGAUUCAGUUAUUACUGCAGUGUGUGCUUCAUUCAACAUGAGGCUCAGCCAUUCAUCCCCAGCUCUGUAACCCUGGGGAAUGUCACAGGCAGGUAAUAAAAGUUGUUAAACA